AUGGCGUUGGCGUUUGAGGGCUUCUCCAUCCGAGAGUAUGCUUCCAAGAUGAGGACUGUGGAUGUUGCGAAGUGCUGGCCGUUUUCUGAGGCAAACAAAGAAGUUGUGGAGGCAUUACUACCUCCGAUCACGGUCAAGAAGUUCAACUGGUGGCGCGACGAGGUCGACCUUGUGAGAUUCAGCUGUGUUGACAAAGAUGAGUUCAAGGUGGUCCAAGGAGAGGCAUCCAAAUCAACCCAAAAUGAAAGCGUUGUGGAAGAUAGAAAAGGUGAAGAUGAAACAAUUGAGGGGGCUGUAGAGUCAUCGGAGAAGGCUUUGGGUUCAGACGGCAGGAAAUUGGAGUUGAUUUGUCCGGUUCGGCGUGUUUUUAAGGCAGCGACAGUGAAGGUUAUGAAUGCGCAUGUGGGUGGUUCUCUUUCUCAUAGGGCGAGGGAGGAGAGUAAGAAGCAGAUGAAAGUGAAGACGAGGGCGAAAUCGAAGGCUAAGGCGCCCAAGAAGAGGUCGAUAGUUGAGAUUUUUGCGGUGGCGCCGCAGGUGGAGAGGGUAGAUGAUGACGACGAUGAGAACGAAGAAGAAGACGAGGAUGAUGAUAAUGGUCAUGCUAAUGAGUAUUAUGGUGAAAACGUUCCGGCUUUGGCUGAUAUCCUACUGGAGAUUAAAAGCAAGAAAAAUAGGAAGAAGAAGACACCCAAAUGGAAGGAUGAAACCUUGGCAAUUUUGAGCAAGUUGAAGAAGAAGAAGAAGGCGUCCAAAUUCAAGAAUAAGGGUAAGAAGGAAAGUGGUAGCAGCGGUAUAAUGGUUGGUUCAAUUACAAAUAAGUUCGAGGUCAAGAGGGACCUACAAGCUGCAAUUUAUGGUUUGGAUUCUUUGGAACUAUCUCAGAUGGGAAUGUAA